CAUGUUCCUUUUGACGCUGUAUGUGUAUAUGUGACAACACGUUUCCCGAGCGCAGCCACCUCCCCUGCGGCUACAGCAUCGACGAGCAACGGGAAGACACCAGCGCAAUAUCAUUCCGCACCGACCCCAAUAACGCCAUCCUCACGCCUUUCCUAUCAGCGUUCGCGAAAGCAGCAGCGCAUAUGCCGCGGCUCAUAGAGGCGUUGCUCUGGGCGCCUCUGUCUUUCAUCCCGGAUGAAGCGACGAACAGCGACGAUGAGUAUGAGGAGCUCGGUGAGCAGGGGCUGCACUACCGCCCGAGAAGACGUAGCAGCUACGCGCUGGAAUCUAUCGCGCGCUAUCCCGAUGCUGCACUUGCAUGGGGGCGUUUGACAAGCAGGCGAAGGACGAAUUCGUGAGACAGUUGUGGAGAGUUGGGCGGUGGCGACCCAGUGCAGAGCUGCAUGAGACGAUGAGGGAGAUCGGUGGGCGAAAGCGCUGAAGAGAGACGCGUGAUAUUUGUAGCAGCCAGCGGGGUAAC